UCCAGCUGACAUUCAUGCUUGACAGCGAUCGAUAAGUUUGUCGGGACUGAUUUGUGGUCGGCAGGCGUGUUUUCUGUCCACUUGGUUUGUUGUUGUUGUGGUCGGAGGAGUUUUCUCGGGCUGGCUGCUCAUCCUGGCCUGUUGGAAGGGUUUUGGUCCAUAUGAGGCCGCAGUCUUGCAGAUGAGCCAUCAUUGGGGGCUGUUGUGUCGCAGACCCAGAUAGUGACUGGUGGUUGCGGCCCCGCCCCCUCCCAGCAUGCCCAACGCUGCUCGUGCAGGGAGUCUGAAGGACCCCGAUAUCGCAGAUCUCUUUUUUAAAGAUGACCCUGAAAAACUCUUCUCAGACCUGAGAGAGAUCGGUCAUGGCAGCUUCGGCGCUGUAUACUUUGCACGGGAUGUGCGGACCUCAGAGGUGGUGGCCAUCAAGAAAAUGUCAUAUAGUGGAAAACAGUCCAAUGAGAAAUGGCAGGAUAUAAUAAAGGAGGUGAAAUUCCUUCAGAGGAUAAAGCACCCAAACAGCAUAGAGUAUAAAGGAUGCUACCUGCGAGAGCACACAGCAUGGCUGGUUAUGGAGUACUGUCUGGGGUCUGCCUCAGAUCUCCUCGAGGUACACAAAAAGCCUUUACAAGAGAUGGAAAUAGCAGCGAUUACUCAUGGUGCUUUGCAGGGGCUGGCGUAUCUUCACUCCCACAACAUGAUUCACAGGGAUAUCAAGGCCGGGAACAUCCUGCUCACAGAGCCUGGACAGGUGAAGUUGGCAGAUUUCGGUUCUGCUUCAAUCGCCGCACCUGCUAAUUCAUUUGUGGGGACUCCUUAUUGGAUGGCCCCAGAGGUGAUCCUGGCCAUGGAUGAGGGUCAGUAUGAGGGAAAGGUUGACAUCUGGUCUCUAGGAAUAACCUGUAUUGAACUAGCUGAAAGGAAACCUCCGCUCUUCAACAUGAAUGCAAUGAGUGCCUUAUACCACAUCGCGCAGAAUGAGAGUCCAACCCUGCAGUCCAGUGAAUGGACGGACUACUUCAGAAACUUCGUGGACUCCUGCUUACAGAAGUUGCCCCAAGAUAGACCCAACUCUGAAGAACUGCUGAAACAUGCAUUUGUCCAGCGUGAGCGGCCGGAGUCGGUGCUUAUUGACCUGAUCCAGCGCACCAAAGAUGCUGUGAGAGAGCUGGACAACCUGCAGUACCGCAAGAUGAAAAAGCUCCUCUUUCAGGAGGCGCAGAAUGGCCCUGCGGUAGAGGUCCCAGAUGACGAGGAGGAAGUGGAGCACAUUGCUGGCCGCACGGGCACAGUGAACAGUGUGGGCAGUAACCAGUCCAUCCCUAGCAUGUCCAUCAGUGCGAGCUCCCAGAGCAGCUCGGUUAACAGCCUGCCUGACGCCACAGACGCCACCGAUGAUAACAAGAGCGAGGUGGACCUGAUGGAGAAAGACCAAACCAUUAUACCCAACAUCUCCAUGAUUCACGUCAAACCGGAGGAAGAGAGAUACCAGGAAGAAACUGAGGCUCAGAAACAGCCCACAGAGCCCCAGUCUCCCCCAGCACAGACACCGCGGCGUCAGUACCGGAAUCGAGAGCACUUUGCCACCAUCCGCACAGCCUCCCUGGUGACGCGUCAGAUUCAAGAACAUGAGCAGGACUCUGAGGUGCGCGAGCAGAUGUCUGGCUACAAACGAAUGCGCAGACAGCACCAGAAACACCUUCUGGCCCUUGAGAACAAGCUGAAGGGCGAGAUGGACGAGCACAGACUCAAGCUAGACAAAGAGCUGGAGAACCAGAGGAGCAGCUUUGCUGGCGAGAUGGACAAACUCAUCAAGAAGCACCAAUGCACCAUGGAGAAAGAUGCUAAGACUUUUACCAACGAUGAAAAGAAAUUCCUGCAGCACAUUCAGAGCCAGCAGAAGAAGGAGCUCAACAGCUUCCUGGAGUCUCAGAAACGAGAGUACAAGCUGCGCAAGGAACAGCUCAAAGAGGAGCUUAAUGAGAACCAGUCCACACCAAAGAAGGAGAAGCAGGAGUGGCUGUCCAAGCAGAAGGAGAAUAUCCAGCACUUCCAGGCAGAGGAGGAGGCCAACCUACUCCGCCGUCAGCGGCAGUAUCUGGAGCUUGAGUGCCGCAGGUUCAAACGGCGAAUUCUCAUCGCACGUCACAACGUGGAGCAAGAUCUCAUGAGAGAGGAGCUGAAUAAGCGUCAAACACAGAAAGAUCUAGAGCACGCCAUGCUGCUUCGACACCAUGAGUCUAUGCAGGAGCUGGAGUUCAGACACCUGGGCAACAUUCAGAAGAUGCGUGCAGAGCAGAUCCGCCUGCAGCACCAGACAGAGCUCACCAACCAGCUGGAAUACAACAAGCGCAGGGAGAGGGAGCUCAGACGCAAACACGUCAUGGAGGUCCGACAGCAGCCCAAGAGUCUCAAGUCCAAAGAGCUCCAGAUAAAGAAACAGUUCCAGGAUGCAUGUAAAACCCAGACCCGGCAGUACAAAGCCCUGCGAAACCAACUGCUGGAAAGCAUCCCAAAACCUGAACACAAGACCAUGCUGAAACGACUGAAGGAAGAGCAGACCAGGAAACUAGCCAUCCUCGCCGAACAGUACGACCACACCAUCAACAACAUGCUCUCCACACAGGCUUUGCGUCUAGACGAGGCGCAGGAGGCGGAGUGUCAGGUGCUGCGCAUGCAGCUGCAGCAGGAGCUGGAGUUGCUGAAUGCAUAUCAGAGUAAGAUCAAGAUGCAGACAGACGCCCAGCAGGAGCGAGAGAGAAAGGAACUGGAGCAGAGAGUGUCCCUCCGGAGAGCCCUACUUGAGACUAAGAUCGAAGAGGAGAUGUUGACCUUACAGAACGAGCGCACAGAGCGGAUCCGUAGCCUACUGGAGCGCCAGGCCAGAGAAAUUGAGGCCUUCGACUCCGAGAGCAUGCGCUUAGGAUUUAGCAACAUGGUGUUGGCUAACAUCUCUCCUGAGGGCCUCAGCCACAGCUUCCCUGGGGCCCCGGGCAGUUGGAUCCCCCAUCAGCAUCACUCGGAUGGCUCUCAGGGGAAACAGUGGGGCGGCAGCACUGGUUCAGGAGCCAGCCACCACUACCACUCCAGUCAGGGAGGAGCACAGGGCCAGCAGGGCUGGGGCCAAGCCAUCCCAGGAGGUGGGCUUCCACCGUGGACCCACUCCUCCUCAGGCCCCCAAGGGGCCAUGCCAAAAAGCAGCGUGGGGAUGCGGAACAGCCCUCAGGCACUUAGGAGGACCACCUCAGCAGGGCGCACGGAGCAGGGCAUGAGUAGGAGCACCAGCAUCACAUCUCAGAUAUCCAACGGUUCGCACCUGUCCUAUACAUAGACACCAGUGCGUUUGUGCCAACCCUGCACACACAAACACACACAGGGUAGGGGAACGCACUGGUCCACACUAAAGACUGGCACAGAGAGCAGAGCUAACUGCACUCAUCUACCCGUCUCCCUCAGUCCCUCUUUUCUUUUCUUUUCCUUCGCUUUCUCAUUUCAUUUUCCCACAUGCAGACAUGCUUGUAAACGAUAGUAAAUAUCACUCAGGUCAAAAGAUAUUCUAACUUUGCAUUAAGCUUGUUUGAAAGUCAUGCAGAGCUAGAGUCAAAAACACUAGUCUGAUUUAAAGCUCACUCGAUGAGAUUCAUUUAAUGCUAAAUGUUAUAGAGAAAGAUAUAUAUAUAUAAAAAUAGAUGUUUAUUCAUUUAGCUUUAUUCCACUUAACGUGGGGAUUCAUAAGCCAAAAGGAUGUUAAAAGGAGAUGUUGGCCAUAAUUCUUAAGAAAUGCAUAGAAAUCCGUAAUGAUCGUUUAAGGAAACUAUCUAAGCUGUCAGCCUGCUGUCAUGCUCUUAGGAAAAACUAUUUGGGUUUUAAUAAAAUAAAGAAAUUGAGAUGGAUUGAGUGUGUGCAGUAUAUGUGAUGUCUGAGAGCUGGCCAAUCUGUCGAUUCGAAGUGAAAGUGUUUUAGUUGUCAGAUUUUUAAGUUGGACAAUUCAUUUGCAGAGUACUUGUAAGUACUGUGUUUCUACAGACUUUUUUGUUACUUGUUUACUUGGUGGGUAAAGGUCAAUGGGGCUGUCUUGCCCAAGCAGUGUGUUGUUGCAGAGUUGUAAACAGUGCAAGCAACCACAAAUCUGUUCAUAUCUCCAGCAUACUUUUUAUUUAGUCUUUACUUGCAUUAAGCAGCAACCUAAUUAUGGCCAAGACAACCUGUCUUCAGUUUUCUUAGCCUUUUGAUACACCCUUCAUUUUAUUAGGUCAGCCAGCUUUCACCUGGAUCAGGUGUCCAGACACAUUUAGAUGUGGUGCUUUCUUGAUUAUUUAUUGUAUGUGAUGUUUUAGGUGUGCAAAGCCAGCUUAAAGAUAUCAGAUAUGUUCAGUGCCUUGAAUGUGUUAAUGGUUUAUUACGGAGUAGAGACAUGCCAAGAUGAAUGUUUUUUAUGUAGCUGAAAAAAACACUCAGAAAUUUAGAGUUUAAUCAUGUUCCCCAAGCUAAUUAAGUGACAGUAUGGGUCCAUUUUACGAAAAGUGAGUGUUGGUGUGAAUAUAUUUGGUUGUACACAUAAAGAUGAGCUUAUAUUAUCCCACUAUGUAAUGUAAAGUUUUAUGUUAAUAUACUUUUGAGGUGCCUUUGAAUAGCUGCCAAGCAGAAGCACUUUUAUGUAGUGUGUGGUGUUUUGAGAGAUAUAUUUACAACUAUGGAAAUGACUAAUGGAGCCGUAAACUGUAGUGUGUGAUGGCGGAUGUCCAGUAUGUUUUCUGUUACUCUUUUAAAAGAUUCUCGAGGUCAUUUUAAGGAAGUGGUAGAUCUGAACACGUCAGUGGUUUUAGGAAAGUACUGUUACGAUUUAUCCAAUGAAAUGAAUGCAGAAACUGGCUGAAUGUACUCUGUCCUCCAUCAGGUUUGUGUCGUGUUUUUGACACUCUGGGAAUGUAAUGAAUUGUUAGGAGCUUGAACGACGUACUUCCUGUAGGUCAUGACAGCAGGCUUUCUUAUGUGACACUGAUUUGGUCUAAAGACCUCCACACUAAAUAGCAAACGGUCUGUUCACGGUUUCAUGCUUAUUCAUUACCAGUCAAACGUUUGGAAACAUCUACUGAUUAUUUUUGAUAACUAUUUUCCAUACUUUAAAUAAUAGUACAUCAAGAAUAUAUACACUACCAUUUAAAAGAGAGGGGUCAGAAAGAUUUGUUUUUAAUAAGAUAAAAAAAGUUUCUUAUGUUCUUAUAAUUUACAAUCAUUGUUUUCUAUUUGAAUAUAUUUUAAAACAAUUCAUUCCUGUGAUGGCAAAGCUGAUUUUAAGCAAACAUUACUCAAGUCGUCAGUGUCACAUGAUCCUUCAGAAAUAAUUCUGAAUGCUGAUUUGAUUAUCAUCAAUGAUGAACACAGUUGUGCUGGUUCGUGUUUUUGUGAAAAUCAUGCUAAAAAUAAUUCAGGAUUAUUUGUUGAUUUAGGAAAAUUCAAAUGAAACUUAGUGUAUAACACUAUAAAUUUCUUUACUGUCACUUUUAAUCAAUUUGAUGUGUCCUUGCAGUAAAAUUUGUAUUUCUUUAAAAAUAUUGCUGACCUAGUGUGUUAGAAGAGUGUAGCCUUAUUUCAAACUAACAGCUUAUGCCAAGUAGAUUCGGAAUGCUAUAUGUAUUAUAUAUAUAUAUAUAUAUAUCUCAAGCUAAAAAACAAUGGCAUUUUCCCACACAGCUUUUCACUACAUGUAUUAAAGGAAAUAUUACAUAAAAAUCCAUAGAAGUAAUUAUAUUUACCUACAUUUGUUUACAAAAACAUAGGAUAAAUGCCAAGCAGGUAGGUGUGUGUGUGUGUGUGUGUGUGUGUGUGUGUGUGUGUGUGUGUGUGUAUGUGUGUGAUGGCUGACUGAUAUUGAGUUUUAAUCCAUUCGAUCUAAAAGAUUCAGACAUGAAUCAAACUUACCAGCUUUACCAUUUUUUUAGCUUCAAUCAAUCUCAUCUCUUUAAUAUGACAUGAACUUUGGGAAAGUUAACAGCCAAAUGCUCUCAGCCAAGUUCAUGAGGUGCAUCCUCGUUCGCACACUAACAUUCAGUCAGGUGUGUCCAUGUUUGACUGGUAGUGUCAUGUAUUUUAUUAAACCAAUAGCUGCCCCAAAGAUUUAACCGCCAACUAAGGUAUUUUCUCCUUCAAUUGUUGGCUGUUAUAAGUGACUGAGAUGACCUAGUCCAUGAGUAGAACUUCCUCUUAAACAUGCAGGGCUCUUUUCCCCUUCUCUCUUUCUGUCCUCUGUGCCGCCCGUAUGGCAGGUGUCAGUGCCCAGUAUUGUGAGGAUAUGAGCUGUGCUGCCGAUGCCCCUGCCUGCUCUCACUCUCCCCCACUGCUUUACAUGCCAUCACUCCACGCCAAACUCCUCCUGGAUCCAGAGUUUCAACGCACGGAUGCCUGAAUGCACUUUCUUGGGGGAAUUUUACAAGCUAACUCUUUGUUUUCCCAAGCGAGUUUAUCUAGUUGGUUUGCUUUCCACCACUUUGACUGCAGGAGUCACGCUGACUGACUCAUUCUUGUGAAAUUUUUACUCAUGUUUUAACACUUCUGAUGGAGUACAAAGUUACCCUCCCCCCUUCUGUCUCCAUUGUGCAAUCAUUGGUGAAAACAAAACUCUCCGAGCCGGACCUUUCCUAAAAAAAUCCCAAAAGAUCUUGUGUGACCUUUAUUACCAAAUGAAUGCGGCUCUAAUGUGAAAGAAGCGAGUAUAACGUGUAAACUCUAGAGUCAUUGUCUGGGGAGAGUAUUCAUAUUGUAUAUUUGGUUUAAAAUAUUGAUUUAAAUUGCAUAGAACUAAUUUGAUGGCGGCACAAGCCCCCCCACCCCCCAUCAAGAUUCUCCGUGUAUUGACAGGUUUUAAAAGAAAUCUAUUAAGAAUUGUAAACUAUGUACCUUGCGCUUUUAAAGGGGUUUCUGGCCUGUGUACAAGGAGCCUCGGGUUGAACUUCAGGGAGUAGUGUGUGUUUACACGUCACCUCUGCACACUUUGUGUUUCCAUUUGUAUUAGAAAAUCUGUCUGUGGUUCACAGGAAUGUUUCAGGUCCUCUGUUUUCUCACAGUCUUUAUUCUGUUCCCUUCAUUCAUACGAAAGUGCAGAAUAAGAGCUAUAAAAGGCACAGAAAAGAGGCAAAUGUUUCUAUUUUGAAUCCUCCCAUAGGUCAUUUUGAUAUAUUGUAACCAACAACUGAUCAGUUUUGUUUGUUUGUUUUUUAUAUUGGGUGAGGGCUGUUUUAAUUUGGUUGGCAUUACUCGUAAUUGUGUGUCGCACCUGUCACCGAUUUUUAUUUUAUCCUAGUUAUAAACUUUGUCCUACUGACUGAAUUUAGGGGAUAUGCAAGUAAUACUGAUAUAUGAGAAAUACUAGAUCGAAAUGCAAACUUAUUUUCUAAAUAAUGGAGGUUCAACCUCUGGUCAAACACUGUGCCAUCCCACAGCUGCCAAGCACGGUCACUACUGCAUUGUCUCCUCUCCUGUUGACAGGCUAUGAAAGAGUGAUGGUUAUUUUAGUUCUGAUGAACCCGGCCACUCCUAUCGCCAACACUACGAAGAAAUGAAACGGGGAGCGAUAGAGAGGGAUUGGUCUACGGGGAAGGGCUACAUUUCUUGUAAAGAGCAUCAGUAUUCAUUUGCUGUGGUCAAAAUGGCAUACUAACAUACUGCAUACUGAAUUCUUUUUGAAAAGUAGUAUGAUAGUGUGCCGUUUCACACGCACCCAUUGUCCUCUGGCUCAGCAUCACCACUAUAACUCAUAUGUAACCUGUAUCAAAAUGUAUAGAUCGUGUAUCAUGUUAUUAAAUGUCUAAAAAGAUUAUACAAAAAGUUUAAAAAUACUGAAUAAAUGGCUUGGAACUGUAUUAAAGUAUUCAUGAAUCAGAGAAAAACAAAAGUCUAGAGAUGAAUGAGCUAUUUUUUUCUGUUCUGUAAUUACUGUUGUGUUGAUGGAGGAACACUGGUCAGAGGAUCCGCUGUAAUAAAAGCGAAUUUAGUACAUCA